CAAAAAAUACAUUUUUUUUUUCGCUUUUAACGAACGUAUAUUAUUUUUUGCAAUUAUUUAAGAAAAUAUAAAAAUUCAAGCUCUUUGCAUUAACACGAACGAUGAAUAAAGCAAAGGACGGUAUCCAACAGAGGAUGAGCCCAAUCCCUUCCUGCUCGGUGCGUUCGCCAGCCAACCGGGAGCGCCGUGCCGUGGUGGAAUUGUACGAGGGGCCACAGAUGAUGCCCGAUGAGGCGAUGCUGCCGAUGCCGCCGCACAAUAUGGCGCGCAGUCCUGGCCAUUUGCUGCAGGACACACAACAGUGGCUGGGUCGCUGGCAGAUCCUGUUGCGCCUACUGAAGCGUCGUAUCUGAGAGAUUCGUUUUGUUAUUGUCGGUUUUAACGUUAUGUUGUUGCGCUUUGCCCCAGUUGCGGUUCCUUUCUGAUAAAUCCCAUUUUGAUUCCAGUUUCUGAUUGUUUCAAAUGCAGCUUUGCAUUUGCGCUCGCGUUACAAAUUGAUCGAAAAGUGCCCUCCUGUAGGUAAUGCCCAGUUUUUGAAUGGUAUAUACUUAAUAAAGUUCUACAAGUGCA